CAUCACCUUCCAUUGAUACACUUUUCUUCAAAAAGCUAUACUGAUCUCACUUUGUCCACUUAUGAUCAAUGGAAUCACCAUAAGCAUGAUGCUCAGAUUAUAUAAUACUUCAAACCAAUCAAAGCCUGAACUCCCUCAUCUUCCAAUCUCUUUUGGGUUGGAUUUUCACUACAAUUUUUUAGUUCUUCAUUUUCCAGAACACAAUCUUCACAAAGCUACUAGCUGUAGUUGAAGUCAACUAACAUUUUGUUCAAAGAAAGAACAUCAAUGGCAGCAAAUGAUGUACCAUGUUGCCAAUCCAUGUUUUGGAUAUAUCUUGUCAUAUGCGUAGCUCUUGUUUUAUUUGCAGGUCUAAUGUCUGGACUAACACUUGGACUAAUGUCUCUUAGUCUUGUAGACCUUGAGGUUCUUAGUAAGGCCGGCAAGCCGCAAGAUCGGAAAAAUGCAGCCAAAAUUCUGCCAAUUGUGAAGAACCAACACUUGCUCCUUUGUACUCUCCUCAUUGGAAAUGCAUUAGCUAUGGAGGCUCUUCCGAUUUUUCUCGAUUCAAUUGCGCCAGCUUGGAUUGCUAUAGUAGUAUCUGUAACUCUCAUACUUGCCUUUGGUGAGAUCGUUCCACAAGCUGUGUGUUCACAUUAUGGAUUGAGUGUUGGAGCAAAAAUGGUUCUAGUUGUUAGGUUACUUAUGGUGAUCUUUUUCCCAAUCACAUAUCCAAUUAGCAAAUUGUUAGAUUGGCUACUUGGGAAGGGCCACUCUGUGCUUUUAAGACGAGCCGAGCUAAAGACGUUGGUUGAUAUGCACGGAAAUGAGGCUGGAAAAGGUGGGGAACUCACCCACGAUGAAACUACUAUUAUAACUGGAGCUCUGGAUUUAACACAAAAAACUGCUAAAGAUUCCAUGACACCAAUAUCUGAGACAUUUUCACUUGAUAUAGACUCCAAACUUGACGUACGUACAAUGUGUAUGAUAAUGAGCAAGGGACACAGUCGUAUACCAGUUUUCUCUGGCAAUCCAACAAAUAUAGUCGGCCUUAUUCUGGUUAAGAAUUUGAUCUUCUGCAACCCUGCAGACGAGAUAUUAAUCCGAAACACCACUAUCAGAAAAAUACCGAGGGUUCAGGAUGAUUUGCCGUUAUAUGAAAUACUUAACGAAUUCCAGAUGGGUCAUAGUCACAUGGCAGUCGUCGUAAAAUCCAUGAAAAAAGAUAUGGAAACCCCUGACAGUACAAAAGACAGCAUGUCAGAUACAAUAUCAGGCUUGAACAAAAAACGAACCCAACAAGACCAAAAUGGAAGGGUCUCUGAUUCAGUUAUUAUGAUUGAUGCUGAAAAACGUAGUCCUGCAACAAGGAACAGCAACACCGAACGAUGCAAAGAAUUGGAUUCACCGAUAAAGAAAAUGGAACGAGUUGGGGAUCUAGAUGAUAUCGUCAAUUAUGCAGAUUUGGAUUCUCUGUCGGCUGACUCUGCAGAUGAAGAAGUCAUUGGAAUCAUAACAAUGGAAGAUGUUAUUGAAGAAUUACUGCAGGAAGAAAUAUUUGAUGAAACAGAUCAGUCUGUUGAUGUCCAAAACAACAGGAUAACUACAAUACCUGGGAGAAUGUCAUCAUCGUCACCAAACUCUUCAUCAUCACCAAGCACCCCAGCAGGCAGAUUCUCGGUUUAUCAUGUUCAGAAAAGGAAUCAGCUAGCAUCUCCACUUCAUCCAUAUUACCAAACUCCUAUAAUCCAUUCACCUGUUUCUCCCUACAUUCAGUCCCCUGUGGUCAGACCAUCUCUAUGUAGCUCCCCUCUGAAGUCCCUUACGCCUUCUCCAGCUGAACAUAUAACCAUUAGCCGAGACUCCCCAAAUCGAGCAGCAAGAAAACCAUACGAGAAACUACGAAAACUCGAAAGCGUGUGACCUGUUCCUCUUUACUAUCAUAUCAGUAAGGUUGGUCUUGGCCUUUUUGAGGUAGCUGCAGCAGCUUAAGAAACUCCCCAUUAUGGCCCUGAGAAUUGUAUUAGGCUUUAUUACCUAAUUAUUAUAAUACACAUAAUCAUUUGCUGUAA